CCCUCCCCCACCGGCCACCGUCACCGUCGCCGCCCCUCCCCUGCCGUCGCCGCCCCUCCCCCUCUGUCGCUGUCCCCGUUGGCUGUCGAAUUGUAGUCGCUGCCUAAUUGAACGCCCCCAAUUUGGGAUUAGUUCAAAUGAGUGAGUUGAAGACAUGGGUCUCGGACAAAUUGAUGUCCCUUCUGGGAUAUUCCCAGCCUACUGUUGUCCAAUAUGUGAUAACUUUGUCUAAGAAAGCUUCAUCUCCCACUGAGAUUGUAAAUCAACUGGUCGGCUUGGGAAUCCCUUCCUCUGCUGAAACUGCCGGGUUUGCCAAAGAAAUUUUUGCCAGGGUGGAGCACAAGAGUUCAGGGCCAAAUCAAUAUCAACAGAAAGAAAGGGAGGCAGCAAUGCUUGCACGGAAACAAAAAACCUACACACUUUUGGAGGAUGACGAUGAUGAUGAUGACACAGUUCGUGUUUCUCCACCACCCAAAAACGAGGAAAGUAAAAAAAAGAAGUUCAGGAAAAGAAGCAAACCUCAGGAUGACUUAGAUGAUGAUGAUGAUGAGGUAGUAAACCAUGGGGGCAAAGAAAGACAAGUGAAGCGUCGAACUGCCCCUGAUGAAGAUGAUGGUUCCGAGUCAGAAGAAGAAAGGCUGCGGGACCAGAGAGAAAGAGAGGAGUUGGAACGUCAUAUUAGAGAACGAGAUGCGGCGGGUACCAGGAAGAUCACUGAUCAAAAGUUAUCCAAAAAGGAAGAAGAAGAGGCAAUUCGGAGAUCUGACGCUUUGGAGAAUGAUGGCAUUCAGACAUUAAGGAAAGUGUCAAGGCAAGAAUAUUUGAAGAAAAGGGAGCAAAAGAAAUUAGAAGAGCUAAGAGACGAUAUAGAAGAUGAACAAUACUUAUUUGAAGGUGUCAAGCUGACUGAAGUGGAGUACCAGGAGCUAAGAUACAAGAAACAAAUAUAUGAGCUCGUCAAACAGAGGACGGAAGAGUCUGAUUUUGCAAAUGAGUAUAAGAUGCCUGAUGCAUAUGAUGAAGAUGGUGGUGUGAAUCAGGAAAAAAGAUUUGCUGUGGCAUUGCAGCGUUACAGGGAUCCUGCUGCAGAAGAGAAGAUGAAUCCAUUUGCGGAACAAGAAGCGUGGGAGGAGCAUCAGAUUGGCAAAGCAACUCUUCAAUUUGGAUCCAAGAAUAAAAAGAAAAAGGAUGAUGAUUAUGAGUUUGUGUUUGAAGACCAAAUAGAGUUUAUAAAGGCAACAGUCAUGGAGGGUGUCAAUGUUGAGCAAGACGCAGUGCAAUCACCAGAGGCAUCUGCUGCCAAAACAGCCUUGGAAAAACUCCAGAAUGAUAGGAAGACACUUCCAAUCUAUCCUUAUAGGGAACAGCUGCUCCAAGCCGUGAAUGAUCACCAGGUUAUCGUUAUUGUUGGAGAGACAGGUUCUGGAAAAACUACACAGAUACCACAAUACCUUCAUGAAGCAGGAUACUCUGAGCGGGGAAAGAUUGGAUGUACCCAGCCGCGGCGUGUUGCUGCUAUGAGUGUUGCUGCCCGAGUUUCUCAAGAAUUGGGAGUAAAACUUGGACAUGAGGUUGGCUAUUCUAUUCGAUUUGAAGAUUGUACAUCGGAAAAGACAGUAUUAAAAUACAUGACAGAUGGAAUGCUAUUGCGUGAAUUCCUUGGUGAACCUGACCUUGCAAGUUACAGUGUAAUUAUGGUGGAUGAGGCUCACGAAAGAACUCUCUCAACGGACGUUUUGUUUGGUUUAGUUAAGGAUAUCACUCGUUUUCGCCCUGACCUCAAAUUGCUUAUAUCAAGUGCCACACUUGAUGCUGAAAAGUUCAGUGAUUAUUUUGAUUCUGCUCCAAUUUUUAAAAUACCUGGAAGAAGAUUCCCUGUUGAUAUACAUUAUACUAAGGCCCCAGAAGCUGACUACUUGGAUGCUGCCAUUGUUACUGCUCUUCAAAUUCAUGUGACACAACCACCAGGGGAUGGCGAUAUUCUAGUUUUCUUUACAGGGCAGGAGGAGAUUGAAACUGCUGAAGAGACUCUUAAGCAUAGGACUAGAGGAUUGGGGACAAAAAUUGCAGAACUAAUCAUUUGUCCAAUAUAUGCAAAUUUGCCUACAGAACUGCAGGCUAAGAUAUUCGAACCCACACCUGAAGGGGCACGUAAGGUUGUCCUGGCAACCAAUAUUGCUGAGACAUCGUUGACGAUAGAUGGGAUCAAAUAUGUCAUCGAUCCAGGUUUCUCUAAGAUGAAGUCUUACAAUCCUCGGACUGGUAUGGAAUCGUUGUUGGUGACCCCAAUAUCCAAAGCAUCAGCUAACCAGCGAGCUGGUCGAUCUGGGAGAACAGGUCCAGGACAAUGCUUUCGGUUGUAUACCGCAUAUAACUUUUAUCAUGAUCUGGAAGAUAAUACCGUUCCUGAAAUACAAAGGACUAACUUGGCCAAUGUGGUACUCAUGCUCAAGAGCCUUGGCAUCAACGACCUGCUCAACUUUGACUUCAUGGACCCUCCUCCAUCUGAAGCUUUGCUGAAGGCCUUGGAAUUACUCUAUGCUCUAAGUGCACUUAACAAACAUGGUGAGCUGACAAAAAUCGGCAGGAGGAUGUCUGAGUUUCCACUUGAUCCCAUGCUAUCGAAGAUGAUUGUUGCUUCCGAGAAAUAUAGUUGUUCUGACGAGAUCAUAUCUAUUGCUGCUAUGUUAUCUGUUGGAAACUCAAUCUUUUACCGUCCUAAGGACAAACAAGUUCAUGCAGACAAUGCACGCUUGAACUUCCACAUGGGAAAUGUCGGAGACCAUAUUGCAUUGCUGAAGGUUUUUAGCUCAUGGAAGGAAACCAAUUUCUCGACUCAGUGGUGCUAUGAGAAUUAUAUCCAGGUUAGGAGCAUGAAGAGAGCUAGAGAUAUCCGUGAUCAGCUGGAGGGGUUGCUGGAAAGGGUUGAGAUCGAGUUAUCUUCAAAUAUGAAUGAUUUCGAUGCAAUAAAGAAAGCUAUAACGUCUGGGUUUUUUCCACACUCAGCAAAAAUACAAAAGAAUGGAUCUUAUAGAACUGUCAAGCAUCCACAGACUGUUCAUAUUCACCCAAGCUCUGGUUUAGCACAGGUGCUUCCAAGAUGGGUCGUAUACCAUGAAUUGGUUCUAACAACUAAGGAGUAUAUGCGGCAGGUGACCGAGCUAAAGCCAGAAUGGCUGGUGGAAAUAGCUCCUCACUUCUAUCAAAUGAAAGACGUGGAGGAUGCUGCGGCGAAGAAAAUGCCACGUGGUGAGGGUAGGGCAUUGAAAGAUUGAACCUUGACUCUCCAUGUGUGUAAAUAUAAAUUUCAUGUGCUAUAAUACAGAAGCUCUGAAUUUUGUCUAGCAGAUUAUAUUUCGAAUCUUGAACACCAAUUACUAACAGAAAUGUAGGUGUUAGUCUAACUAGAUUCUAACAUGUUUACUAGAUGUGUUUGUAAUGUAGUUUUCACUUGUUGUAAGAAAUUGGCAUGUUUGUCAUAUUGCUGAGAAACUAACCUAUCGUUUUUCGGAUCCA